AUGCAGGGGCAGGUGGGGGGCUCCAAAACAGCCUCGAUCGUGGCAGACCUGUCCGAGACCACCUUUGAGACGCUCUACGGGGACGAGAGGAUUGGAGGAGAGGUGCAUUCCAUGGCGUGGGACCCCACUGGAGAGAGACUCGCAGUGAUCAUCAGAGGACACCCCGACUCUCCGGGCAGCCAGACGGCCAUCGCCGUGUUCCGCACCCGCAACAGCCCCAUCUUCGAGCUCCUGCCCUGCGGGUUCGUGCGGGGCGAGCGCGGUGCCCAGCCCCAGAUCAUCGCCUUCCACCCCUGCUUCCCACGAGGAGCCCUCCUGACCGUGUGCUGGUCCUCGGGGAAGAUCAGCCACAUCCCCUUCUUCUUCGUCAGUGCCCACGUGCCCCUGGCCAGCCCCCACCGCAGCCCUGUCCCCGUCGUGGCCAGUGUGAGGGAGCAGCCCCUCUUCUCAGAGCUGUGA